AUGUUGAAGUUAUAUUUACUGACUCUAACGGCCCUGACCCUUCCUGUCUCUCACGCAGGAGUCGUCCCUCGCGUUAAUCAGCCGGACUACGUAAUCAUUGGCGGUGGUCCAGCAGGCUUCGUGCUCGCGGAGCAAUUGACCAAGAACUCGAAGAAGACCGUUACCCUUCUGGAGGCUGGUCCAGAUACGGCAGGGGUAGCGGCAAUCGAUGUGCCUGGCUUCGCUCCAACAUUGCUAGACUCGGAGUAUACCUGGAACUAUACCUCGCAGCCCGAUAGCAACAUCAACAACCAGACUCCGGAUCUGGCUCAGGGUCGGGGAUUUGGUGGUGGCAGCGCUGUCAAUUAUUUAGGUGCCUGUCGUGGUGCACCGUCGGUCUUUGGUGAAUGGGCUAAUAUCAGCGGUGAUGAUGGAUUGCGAUGGGAUAAUCUCCUCGAGGACUUCAAGGCUGUCUUCCACUAUACCGAGGUCGAUGUUGGCUACGAUACGCACAUCAACGCGAGCGCUUACGGUGAUGGUCCUAUUGAUAUUACCGCACCGGAUGACACUCUGGGGUUCGUUGACAAACUUGUGAGCGCGUGGAUGUCAGUCCUGGGGCUACCUCAUGUUGACCUGAAUGAUGGCACUGGGCUUGGAGUUUCUUCGGGCACAAGCAGCAUUCGCGCUUCAAACAGAAGUCGCAGUUAUGCUCCCCAAGGCUAUGGAUGGAAAUUAGCCGGACGCUUUAAUGUCCAAGUUCUACACAAUGCGCAGGCCACGAAGAUCAACUUCCAUGGAAGGCGUGCUCAGUCAGUCACAUAUAUCAACCCUAACGAUGGCUCCUCCAGAACACUUCACGCAAAAGAGAUUAUUGUGGCUGCGGGGGCCAUCAAUACCCCUAAGCUGCUCAUGCUUUCAGGGGUCGGUCCAGCGCGCCAUCUUGAGUCAUUAGGAAUCAAAGUAGUGGCCGACAUUCCUCAGAUUGGCCAGAACCUACUUGACCAUCACUCCGCCUUCAUGGAGUUUGAGGUGCCGUCAAGCAUCGAGACGUUGUGGCAGUACACACAAAACAGCACUUUUAAAACCAUCGCGGAGGAGGAGUACUAUAAAGACGGGUCUGGUCCGCUAGGUGUGCCCAACGGCGCCGCAUUUGCCGUCUCACGCAUUCCCGACGCUAUUUUCCAGGCCGUUGGCGAUACUUUCCAUCCUAGCCUCCCAGCCGACAGGGGUCAUCUUAUGUUCCAAUAUUCCAGCUCAACGCUGCAACAGACCACCCCAAACGUGAGCAUUAUAUCGCCCUUCGUAGCGCUAGCUCAGCCCGAAGCCUCGGGCUACAUGAAAUUGGCGUCGGCCGACUACCGCGAUGCGCCGCUUAUUUACUCAAACUAUUACGGGUCCCGGGGAGACAAGGCUGCCAUUCUAUAUGGCUACAAGCAGUUGCGCAAAGUGGUUCAAAAUCCAGAAAUUGCGCCCAUUUUGGGACGAGAGAUUUACCCCGGGGCUAAUGUGACUUCGGAUGAGGAUCUGUGGAACGCCAUUGCUGGGGGCUCGAUGAGCUUUCAUCAUCCGCUGGGAACCGUAGCCCUGGGAACGGUGGUGGAAGGAAAGUCUUGGAGGAUCAAAGGGCUUGAUGGUAUUCGUGUGGUCGAUUCGUCGACUAUGCCCACUAUGCCGACGUGCCAUAUCAUGGCCAGUGUCUACGCCUAUGCACACCAUGCUGCCCAGCUGAUCCGACAGCAGGACUAA